CAUUGCGUCUUCUUUCUCUCCUCUGUUUCGGUGACGACGCACCACCGCAGCUGCUGCUGAGCCCACAGAAGGAGGGGGCGUGCCGGCCUUCAGCCAUGCAGAUCUUUGUGAAGACCCUUACGGGCAAGACUAUAACCCUCGAGGUUGAGUCUUCGGAUACUAUUGACAAUGUGAAGACCAAAAUUCAGGACAAGGAGGGGAUCCCUCCCGACCAGCAGCGAUUGAUAUUCGCCGGAAAGCAGCUCGAGGAUGGUCGCACCCUCGCUGACUACAACAUCCAGAAGGAGUCUACCCUUCACCUUGUGCUUCGCCUGCGGGGUGGAGCGAAGAAAAGGAAGAAAAAAACGUACACGAAGCCGAAGAAGCUGAAACACAAGAAGAAGAAAGUGAAGCUCGCAGUGCUGCAGUUCUAUAAGGUGGAUGACUCCGGCAAGGUGCAGCGGCUGCGGAAGGAGUGCCCUAACCCUGACUGUGGGGCGGGUACUUUCAUGGCGAACCACUUCGACCGCCAUUACUGCGGAAAGUGUGGUCUGACCUACGUGUAUCAGAAAGCUGAGGCUUGAUUGAUCAAAGCCGCCAUUUGAAUGCUUGGUAUUCAGCAUAGGGUGUGGAGACAUCACGUGCAGGUGCUAGUCAGAGGCAGUGUUUACUUUGUAGAUCUCACGGGGAGUAAUGCGUCUUUUUUGAGUUGAAUCUAUGAACUUGGAAGGGUUGUCUGGGAUACGGUCGUCUUUAAAUUUUUUUUGUUGGAUUGUUUUUGUUGAUCCCCUGUUAGCAUGUUAAUUUCUGUA